CUUGUUCACAUUUGGUAAAGAGUGGAGUUGGGAGGAGCUACUCCAAAUAGGGGGCGUUGGGUAAAGCCCCCUCAUUCUACCCCUGUUUGCGUGCGCGCAGCCUCGCUACGUACGAACGUAAAGAUCUUGCGUAAUUGGGGAUGUGGUCCGCCGCGCUGAGGAGAAAGUCUGUAAAGAGACACUGAGCAGUAGGCUGAUUAAGAGCCACUUCCUUCCUCAGCCGGGGCAAUAACAUGGAGCUGGAGGGUUAUAAAUGCGAGCAAAACAUUUUGUCAAACAAACAAAGCCGCACACUGCUGCAGCGCGCGACAACUUAAAGGGACAACACCGAGGCUGCAACAUGAGGGAUGUUACGGGACUCUUUGUUUUUGUGUUCCUGGUGGGACGAGCCGGCGGGACGGAGCCUAGUGCUGGGUACUGCAUCGGGACUCAGUGUUUCACUGUGUUCCAACAUCCCAGCGACUUUCCAGCUGCAGAGGACCAGUGCAGAGACCGAAACGGACACUUGAUGACCGUGCGCUCCACUGUGGCUCAUGAUAUUUUCAACAUCUUGUUGUGGAACUUAACGGGGCGCUUCUGGAUCGGUUUACGUCUUCCGAGCGGCUGCCCGGACGCUACUGCUGCGCUCAGAGGGUUCCAGUGGGUGAGCGGAGACAGCGAGAGUGACUUCUUCAACUGGGCACCGAGUUUUAACAGCAGCUGCUCUGCUCCUCACUGCGUCUCAGUUUCACAGGAGGACGAGUUUAAAUGGGUCCAGGAGCCAUGCCGCGAGCACGCGGACGGGUUUCUCUGUGAGUACACCUUCACGGACCCGUGCACGUUUCUGGCGGUUGCAGCCGGUGGGUCUGUCACUUACAAGGUCCCCAUGGGGUUUGAGGGCGAGGACGUGCUUUCUCUGCCGCCUGGAAGCAUCGCCAUCCGGAUGCCGGCUGAGACUAAAUACGUGUGCUUCUCCAGGCAGUGGCUGCAGGCGCCCUGGAGCUGUGAGAUACAAGAAGGAGGCUGCGAGCACAAAUGCGCAGAGGACCCCAACAAUGUGCCCUCCUGCUACUGCCCGUCCGGACAGAGCGUCAACCCCGCAAAUAAAGUCACCUGCGAAGUGGACAUAGAUGACCCGUGCCUGCCCCUGCAAUGCGCGCACGCCUGCUACAAGGCCGGAGACUCGUACGCGUGCAUGUGUGACCACGGGUUUAAACUGGCGCAGGACGGCAGGUCGUGCGUCGACUUCAAUGACUGCAGGGACGCGCGGCAGUGUCCUGGGGAGAACUUCGUGUGCGUCAACACCGUCGGCGGCUUCCAGUGCGUGUGCAAGGAUGGAUACGUGAUGAGAGGCAGUCUGUGCGUCGACGUGGAUGAGUGCGUGUCCGCUCCAUGUGAGCACAUGUGCACCAACACUCCCGGCAGCUACAAGUGCUCCUGUUAUGAUGGAUAUAUAGAGGACCCGACGGCGCCGAAUAAGUGUAAACUGCACUGCGGAAAGGAGGAAUGCCCCGCCGAGUGCGACCCCAACGACCGCUUCCAGUGCUACUGCCCGGACGGGUACGUGGCGGAGGAGCGGGAGGACCACACGGUGUGCAUAGACAUAGACGAGUGCUCUUUCUUUUAUUGUGAUCAAGACUGUAAAAACACUUUCGGCAGCUAUGUGUGCUCGUGCUCUCGCGGAUACACCCUGGUUGGUCAGUACAGGUGCGUAAAAAACGAGGAUGAUACGGACACAGAUGGAAGCAUGGAGGGCUCCGGGGUGAGCACGACUCCCAGCAUCCCCUCAACAUCACCCGCGCCACAACCGGAGCCAACAACUCAGCCUUCAGGAGUGUCGGUGGGGGGUCUCGUGGGGAUAAUAGUGUGCACUGUGUUUUUUAUAGUGCUGGUGGUGGUUGUGGCUCACUACCUGCUCAGCGACAAAGGGAAGACAGAGAGCGCCAAAGCUCCAGAGGGCGAAGCGCACGGUUUACAUCGAGUGACGAGUGACGCGUAAAAGACAGAAAAGAGACAGUUAAAGCACGACAUGUGAAUGUACAGGUCAAGCCUCGUGCCAACUGCAGAGCAGGCGCGUGCACAGACAGACCCCAGGUGGUGCUCAAGUAGCUGCCCUUUGGACUUUUUUUAUUAAGUGUUUUAUUAAAAAGACAAGACAAGCAAAAAAAAUAAUAAUAAUAAGUUAACAGCA